AUGGCUUGGGGCGGUAACGACAAUGCUGUUCAGAAAUGGAUCAAACGACUAGAGGACAAUGACCCAACAUUCACCUCGCUUCAUAUCCUCAGUUUUCGCCAGGUGUCGUCGGCUGACUUGGCCCAGUUGUUUACUGCACUCGGACGGAAUUCCACGUUAAAGCACUUGUAUUGCUCAGGACAACCUUUGGAUGCGACUGCAAUGGAAUCACUCUCGGAAGCAUUGGCUUUGAAUGAUACUCUGGAAUCUAUCAAUGUCGGUACAACAAAGUUUGGGGCCGAUAUUGCUCUGUUUAAAGCUUUUUGCGAAGGAUUGGCCGUAAAUGAAGGCGUACGGAAAAUUGAUCUGGACAACAAAGGUUUGACGUCGGCCAGUGUCCAAGAACUUGCUGAAUGUUUGGAAAAGAACACCGCCAUUCAUAGUCUUGUCAUUUCACGUAACCUUUUGGAUAAUGGCAGUAUUGAAGUUUUGAUGAACGCUUUAUCUAAGAACCAUAACAGUCAGCUGAAGCAUUUGGACCUGUCCAUGAACGAAAUCACCAAAUACGGAGGACAAGCCAUAGCAGAAUACUUAGCUGAAUCCAAGAGUAUAGAAGAAUUAGACGUAUCGGACAACCCUCUUGGUCCAGGUGGAAGUUCGUUAGUACGAGGAUUACAACAUAACACCAGCCUGCAUUCGUUGAAAUUGUCUGGCACACAACAAGAGCUCGAAAAUUUCAACCUUGAUAGUACAAACGACACUUCAACUCAAACCUCUGAUGGAGAUCUGAUUAUGGAAGCGUUCAGUAGUGUUCUUCCUACGAACACUAGCUUGAAACUCAUUUGGCUGGACGGUGUCGGUGUGUCCAACAAGGGAAUGGCCAAUUUUGCUCAAGCUAUCGGAAAGAGCAAUGUUAUGGAGCUUAGGAUGAGGAGAAAUAACAUUGAGGACGAAGGCGUUACUGAGUUCGCUCGGGCUAUACAGCAAGGUACCUCUCGACUGAGUAAGCUGGAAUUAGGAGAAAAUGCCAUCUCAGUAUUAGGAUUCCAAGAACUCCUCGCCUGUCCCACCAUUCAGUUUCUCGGUCUCUUCAACAACAAGAUCAAUACCUUUGACAGUGCUGCAUUCGUUAACUGCCCUAGUAUUUCAACGGUUGAUAUUGGCUGCAAUGGUAUAUCAUCCUCUGAUUUCGGCAUAAUUUGUGAAGCACUGAAAGGUGGUUUCGCUGCAUCGUUGAAAAUGCUGGAAAUAGGAGGGAAUGUCAACAAUGAAGACGACGACCUUGAAAUAUGGGAGAAAAUGGCCGCCUCUGUAAACGAAGUACGACCAGAUCUUGAUAUUGCAUGGAAGAGACUACAUGCCGUUGACGAUCGCAAAGAAUAG